AUGAAUGCUGAUGUCAUGGUAGACCCCAGAGUGCAGUCAAGUCGGGAGAUUCAAUACAACUUUGGCAUUGUGAAAGGACUCAUGACCACAGUCCACACCAUCACUGCCACCCAGAAGACCAUGGAUGGCCCCUCUGGGUAGCUGUGGCGUGAUGGUCACGGGGCUGCUCAGAACAUCAUCCCUGCAUCCACUGGUGCCAUCAAGGCUGUGAGCAAGGUCAUUCCAGAGCUGAAUGGGAAGCUCACGGGCAUGGCCUUCCGUGUUCCUACCCCAAAUGUGUCUGUCGUGGAUCUGACAUGCCGCCUGCAGAAACCUGCCAAGUAUGACGACAUCAAGAAGGUGGUGAAGCAGGCAUCCGAGGGCUCACUAAAGGGCAUCCUGGGCUACACCAAGGACCAGGUUGUCUCCUGCAACUUCAACAGUGACCCCCACUCUUCUACCUUUGAUGCUGGGGCUGGCAUUGCUCUCAGUGACAACUUUGUGAAGCUCAUUGCCUGGUACGACAAUGAAUUUGGCUACAGCAACAGGGUGGUGGACCUCAUGGCCUACAUGGCCUCCAAGGAGUAAGAAGUCCGCCCUAGACCACCCACCCCAGCAAGGACAGCAAG